UGUUAGUAUUGCCAAAAUAAUUGUAAACAUUGGGAGCAUGAAGUUGUAGAUCUGGACUCACUUCUGAUCCUUUUUUUGUCUUUACUCCUCAAUAUAAGGAAGCAAUCGUCUGCCGAACAAUUAUUAAUGUUUCUCCAUAGUUUAUAGAUUGCAAAAUGUCACAGGAAACCAGUAAACUCUGCGAUUCACCAUACACACGUGUUGUUAGUAAACGUGCUGAACAGUUUUACAUCAAAUUCAAGCUGCAAUAUGAAGUCGCAUCUCCACUUGUUGACGCCAUGAUGCUAAAGAGCAUGGUAACCAAAGCUGUGACUGAGCUUCACGGACAUGCUGCUGCUGCUGUCGAUCUCCUUCAGUAUGAUCAAAAGAAGAUGGAAGGUAUUCUGAGAGUCAAUUCAAGUGGAUUUGUCAAACUAUGGAGCUCUCUAACGUUAUUCAGCCAAUAUGAUGAAAGAGCAUGUGUGUUCCACGUUUGUCAGGUUACUCCACACUUACUAGCACUGGCCGCUAAUAGCAGAGACUUUACCAUUCCUGUAUCCUGAUGCAUUUUAUUGACUAUGACAAGAUAAUUUGGUGUUAAGGAUUUCUGGAAGAUGUUGCUGUCAAAAUGACUGAAACAUUAUGGCUGUGCAUUCAUCAGUGUUGUCGUAAAAACUAUACUGUUAUGGAUCCAAUUAAACACAAGAAAAGAGUUCACACAAAAAUUGAAAAUUCAAUAAUCAAAGAUUGAUUUUAUUCAGCAAUGUUUUUAAGAGAAUAAUUCUUUUAGCUUCAACACUGAGCUGACUAUUCAAGGCCCUCAACAAAAAUAUCAUGGACUUGAAUCUGUUGGCCAUCUUUAUUCCACAAGCCCAUGUUAAUUUAUUUACCUUAUUGUAGUGUUUCAGACAAAUAUUUUUGCUUUGAGGUUUCUCAAAAUAUACUCGGAUACACAGAUUGUAUCAUUUCCCUGGCAAGGCGCUACAAUACUUGUCUCUUCAGGAUACAGUUGGCCCUGUACAACAAUUUGCGCAAUAAGUGAUAUUGUUUUAAAAAUCCAGCUGUAUAUUUUAUAAAUUUUUAGUGUAUAUAUAGGAGUAUGGAGACAUUGUAUAAAAACAAUUUGUACAUUUAAUGUAAUGUAAUUAGAUUUAUAUAGCGCUUUAUACCAAAGUCUCAAAGCGCUUGAGGUGUGGACUAGCUCAUACAGUAACUUUCUUUCUUCUCCCCUAAUGGGUCUCUACCCGGUAAACCAGUACUAGCUACCCGGUAAACCAGUACUAGCUACUUUCGUCUGCCUACAACAGCCAUGUUUUAUGAAGCAUAUUUUUUAGAGGAAGGGGUUUUACAUUAUAUAUAAACUUUAAUAAAAUUACUUUACAGUA